UUGGGAAGCACGACGCGGGCUGACCAGGAGAUGGAAGAAACAGCGCUACAACAAGAAGCUGAGGAAGAGGAUUCAAGCACUCACAAAGCUGGCCGAGGACUAUGCGGUGGACUUGGCUAGGAAGAACUGUGAAUGGAGCGUGGCUUCUGGACAAACUGGGAAUGGCAGUACCCGGCGGUUCUCACGGGCCCGGAGACGCGGGGGAAGAGCUGCCGGCUGAGACCCGGCAGAGAUUCACGAUCAGUAGAAUCCCCCGCAACAUGCACCCGGAUAGGAAUGCGGAACGGAGACAAGCGCGAGCGGUGGCCCUAGCGCGUUCCUGGGACAGCAGAGAGGGAACCCUGUACGUGGAUGGGGCCGGUCCGGUGCUGGGGGUGGCUGCAAUAGCGGUGGCCAGUGCGCAAGGGCAGAUCAGACGCGUCGCCUCCAUACGAGCGCAGACGGUUGAACAAGUGGAGGAGGCGGCCAUAGCAUUGGCGGUGGUUUGCAAUCCUCGUGCGACGAUAAUUUCGGAUUCACAAAGAGCUUGUCAAAACCUUGCGCGAGGGGUCGUGGGUCAACCAGCUCUAAGGCUCCUCCGCAAAACCGCAGUAGAGGGAGUCAAUCUGAUCUGGACCCCCGGCCAUAUGGGGCAAGUCGGAAACGAGGCGGCGAAUGCUGCGGCCCGAGGUGCGUUAUACCGGGACUCGGUUCUGCCCCAGAGGGAUCUGGACAGUGCGCUCACUUACAGUGAGGCCUUAAAGGCUCUACGAACACAUAGGACAGAUUAUCCUGGGCCGGCCAAAGGUCUCAGCAAAGGAGAAGAGUUCACGUGGAGACGACUUCAGACGGACACGUUCGUCACACCGAUCCAGCUACAUCUGUGGUACCCAGAGCGGUACGCCACGGCGGACUGUCCCUUCUGUGGUGAGCCCUGGGUGGACGUUUAUCACGUUGUCUGGGCAUGCAAGAACCUCCCAGGACUGGCUCCAGUCGAGGAGCCCAAACUCGAGGAGUGGGAAGCGGGACUCAAGUACGCGACGGCUAGCGAGCAGAGGCUGCUCGUGGCCCGAGCACUCCGAGUUCACUCCGCACUUGGAGCCCCGGAAUAGGGGCACACAACCACUCUCUCCUUUUUCUU